UCUAACGAGCGGGGAUCAGGAGGGACCUGUCCCCACAGGGUUCCCAUCACUGCCUCCUGCGGCCGGUCUGGCAGCGGGGGCUGGAGCAGCUGAGGCUGGGCUCUGCUGCAGACCAGACACUGGGCUAGACGGGCCCUGGGCUGAGCUGCCCUGCGCAUCAUCUCCCCAUUUCCAGCUGCAGCGGCUCAGUCCCCACCGCCCCGCCCCUCCUCGCAGCCCAGGGCGCCCCGGCAAGGCUCCCGUUGGCAUCAGUGGGCUUGGACCCGGCCCCACGGUGCCGAUGGAAAACCCAAGCCCAGCUCCCCCAGCUCCUGCUCUCUCUGUCCCUCUCUCCUCAGCUAUGAGACCCCAGUGGCUCCAGCAUCCCUCUCCCGGGGGCUGCCUGACGUGGCUGCUGCUUCUCCUGGUGCUGCCAGGGGCCGCGCGGGGCUCGUUCGAGGUGAGCGUUUUGCCGGCAGCUCCCGUGGUGGCGUACGGGGGGGCCGUCUGGAUAAACUGCAGCACCACGUGCCCGGAUCCUGAUGUCAGGGGCAGCCUGGAGACCUCGCUCACCAAAACCAACCAUAAAAAUGGACCUGGGUGGGUGGCCUUUCUCCUCAAAAAUAUCACGGAGUGGAUGUCGGCCUUUCAGUGCCAGUUCACCUGCCGUGGCCGUGUGAAGAUGGUGUUUGCAAACAUCUCCGCUUACCGGGCGCCGGAGCGGGUGGGGCUGGAGCGGCUCCCGGAGCUGGAGCUGGGCCGGGCCUAUAACCUGACGUGCCGGGUUCUGAACGUGGCGCCCGUCAGGCACCUCACCGUGACCCUCCGCCAGGGGGGACGGACCCUGCACACGGAGACCUUCCAGAACCGCACCAGGGCCGCGGCCGACGACGUCACGGUGACCCAGGAGAUCACCCCUCGGCGAUGGGACCACGGGCAGCAGGCCACCUGCCACGCAGCCCUGGACCUGAGACCACGUGGGCCACUCUUGCAAAGCAGCUCCUCCGCGGUGGAGCUCCAGGAGGCUGAGAGCCCCACGGCUAAAAUCAUCGCAAUCACGGCCAUCACCACCGUACUGGCCAUGCUGCUGGGAAUUCUGGCCUGGGGCCUGGCUCGGCGGGGCAGGACCCGGAGAGAGGCAGGGCCGGAGCCUGGGGAAGCAGCGCCAAGCUGGACGGAUUUCGAGAUGGCCCAGGCCAGCGCAGAAGAUGCCCCAGCCGAGGGAGGCAGCUUGAAUUCUGCUGAGGACGCUUCCCCAUAGAGCAGACGGCGGAGAUCAGCCAGGCAGUGGGCACGGAGCUCAGCCAGGCAGGUGCCAAGCGACGUCGCUCACACAGGAGAGCACCGAGACUGUGGGACGGGGGCCACGUGCUGCGCAGGGCAGGUCGCAUGCUUCUAGUUCAUGUUGCCAGGUGCUCCCCGGUUUCCCAUGUGCCUACCUUUGCCAGACUUCAACCUUUCAGGCUGAAAUGUGCCGGGCCAGGUCUGCUCCGGGCUGGGCUUUGUGUUGAAAGUCUCUGUAGAAAUGUUUGAAAGGGAGACUAGGCAGAAAUACAUCGCUUGGGCUGUGCUAAAAAACCUUCUUGCAGCUAUUCAGUGGAGAAGCGCUCGCCCUCGGGACGGACCUUGUGCUGUGGCUGUGAAAAACCACCCACGUCUGGCCUGGUUCGGAGCCGUCGCGCACACGCUUAGCAGGGCGCUGCGGGCUCAUGCGGCUCCUGUCACAGCCUCAACGGGCAGGCCAUGGGCAUUGGGGAUCUAACGCCUGGUGAGGAGCUGCAGGGGAUCCAGUGGCUCUGGGCAGUGGUGUUGGUUCAGGUGAAUUUCCCAUGUCUGGGGAGCGGCUCUGGCUGGCCGAGCAUGGGCGGCUGCUCUGGCAGAGGAUGGCACCUGGUAUGGCGCGUGGUGAGGAACGUCCCAGGGCACCGAGUCAGCAUGUCACCCAUUGUGGGGGAGAAAGGCUGGCGAAUGCCUGGAAGGGGCAUUGGGGAGAGCUGGCAUCACGGCGGCCCUGGAGCACCUGCCCUUCUGCCAGGACAGCUGUGGGUAGAGGGUGGCAUCCACCGGCGGACACUGGAGAGAACUCAGCUCGUUCCAUGCCAGGGCCAUAGCCAGGGCUCACACGGGAGGCAGCGUGGCCUAGUGGGUGCGGAGCUGGGCUGGGACUCGAGAGCCAUGGCAUAGUCCUGGCUUGGUCCCACGCCUGCUGGGGGACCUCAGGCAAGGCACGUCCCUGCCCACCCAUGGGCUGUUUAGCCUGGGAACUCUUUGGGGCAGGGGCUGUCUCGUCUCGCUCUGUGUCUGUAGAGGACCCUGGCAUGGAGCAGGGCUGGCAGCAUAUAGUCCCGUGCCAGGUGCUUUCCCGUGCCCCUUGGCUGUCUUCCCAGCUGAUCCAUUCAGUGAACUUCCUCCCUUGCUCCUCAUUGUCCAUAAGUCUGGGAAGGAACAGCCCAGCGCAGGCAGCCAAAGCAGAGCCCAGCCCUUCCCGUGGCUGAUUAGAGGUUCAGGGCUGAAGCCGGCUGCUCAGGGAGGGGGCGCAUCGUAGCUGAGCCUCUGGGGGGGACAAGCGAUGCAACCAUGUUGUCUGCAAACAUCAGGAAGAUGGAAACUCCAGGAACCUUCGCCAGACUCGCCCAAGGGACAGCGCUCCUGGCCUCAGCCAGACGGGAUCUGGGGACCAAGGCACACGCCCAGUGGUGCCAUGGACACUUCCCAGCUUAGGCUGCUCAGGGCCUGACUCCCAAGGGCCGGCACUGGGGCUGGCCAGAAACAAGAAUUCCAUUUCGCCAAAACUGUCACAGUUUCCAAAUUGUGCUUCCGUCUGCCCUGGCACGGCAAGGAGCCCGCACGAAAGCUGCAUGAACCAACACGAGAGAGAAUCAGACAGAGAAGUGUGUAGGGGGUGGACGGACAGACAGAGGGGCGCAUAGGGGGAUAGGCAGACAGACAGGUAUGUAGGGGGAAGGACGGACAGACAGGUGUAUAGGUAGAUGGAUGGUGUCAUGGAGUCCCCGGGCGAUGCUCUGGAACGGCUCCCCACAAAGCCAGGCAGGACUCUGGGGAGCCUCCUCUCUGGGAGCAGCCUGUCUGCAGGACACACAGCUCACCCGGAUCCACCUUCCUGGGUCUGACCUCGGAGCAUUCAGCCUCCUCUGCCCCUCCGUGCGCUUCCCCCAGCGAGUCUGCUCAGGCGGGGUCCUGGGGGGGCCAGAGGGUCCUGCCCCCCAACUCCGCAGUCAGACAUGACUCUCCGCCAGCCGGGGAAACAGGAGGUUUAUUAGACGACAGGGACAUGGUCUAACAGAGAGCUUGUAGGUGCAGAGAACAGGACCCCUCAGCUGGGUCCAUUUUGGGGGGCAGUGAGCCAGACAACCACGUCUGCCCUUCACUCCAUGUUUCCAGCCAGCCCCAAACUGAAACUCCCUCCAGCCCCCCCUCCUCUGGGCUUUGUCCCUUUCCCGGGCCAGGAGGUCACCGGAUUCCUUUGUUCUCCAACCUUUAGCUCUCACCUCGCAGGGGGGAAAUGCCCAGGCCAUCAGUGGCCAGGAAACAGGGUGUUGGCCAUUCUCUGUGUCCAGACCCCUGCACACACCUGCCCUCUAGGGAUCUGCAAUGAUCAUACACCCUUACCUCACCCCCUAGAUACUUAAGAACUGCAUAGGGGAAACUGAGGCACCCCCACACUAUUCAGAGGAAACAUUAAGAACAGUCCCACUUCGUCACAGAUGGACAGUCAUGCAGAGGGACAGACAGAUAGAGAGGGGGAUGGACAGACAGUCCAGUGCAUAGGGGGAUGGGUGGACAGAGGGGAGCGUAGGGGGAUGGAUAGAGAGUUCUUUGAGGUGGUCAAUAAACAUGUGGACAAGGGGGAUCCAAUGGACAUAGUAUACUUAGAUUUCCAGAACGCCUUUGACAAGGUCCCUCACCAAAGGCUCUUAGGUAAAUUAAGUUGUCAUGGGAUAAGAUGGAAGAUCCUGUCAUGGAUUGAGAACUGGUUAAAGAACAGGGAACAAAGGGUAGGAAUAAACGGUAAAUUUUCAGAAUGGAGAGGGGUAACUAGUGGUGUUCCCCAAGGGCCAGUCCUAGGACCAAUCCUAUUCAACCUAUUCAUAAAUGAUCUGGAGAAAGGGGUAAACAGCGAGGUGGCAAAGUUUGCAGAUGAUACUAAACUGCUCAAGAUAGUUAAGACCAAAGCAGACUGUGAAGAACUUCAAAAAGAUCUCACAAAACUAAAAAAAGCAGGACUUGUGGCACCUUAGAGACUAACAAAUUUAUUUGAGCAUAAGCUUCCACUGAAUGCAUCCGAUGAAGUGAGCUGUAGCCCACGAAAGCUUAUGCUCAAAUAAAUUUGUUACUCUCUAAAGUGCCACAAGUCCUCCUUUUCUUUUUGCGGAUACAGACUCACAUGGCUGCUCCUCUGAAACCUGUCACAAAACUAAGUGACUGGGCAACAACAUGGCAAAUGAAAUUUAAUGUGGAUAAAUGUCAAGUAACGCACACUGGAAAAAAUAACCCCAAUUAUACAUACAAUGUGAUGGGGGCUAAUUUAGCUACAACUAAUCAGGAGAAGGAUCUUGGAGUCAUCAUGGAUAGUUCUCUGAAGACGUCCAUGCAGUGUGCAGAAGCAGUCAAAAAAGCAAACAGGAUGUUAGGAAUCAUUAAAAAAGGGAUAGAGAAUAAGACAGAGAAUAUCUUAUUGCCUUUGUAUAAAUCCAUGGAACACCCACAUCUUGAAUACUGCGUACAGAUGUGGUCCCCUCGUCUCAGAAAAGAUAGACUGGCAUUAGAAAAGGUUCAGAAAAGGGCAACUAAAAUGAUUCGGGGUUUGGAACGGGUCCCAUAUGAGGAGAGAUUAAAGAGGCUAGGACUUUUCAGCUUGGAAAAGAGGAGACUAAGGGGGGUAUGAUAGAGGUCUAUAAAAUCAUGAGUGGCAUGGAGAAAGUGAAUAAGGAAAAGUUAUUUACUUGUUCCCAUAAUAUAAGAACUAGGGGCCACCAAAUGAAAUUAAUGGGCAGCAGGUUUAAAACAAAUAAAAGGAUGUUCUUCUUCACUCAGCA